AUGGCGGCCCGACUCGCUCUAAACUCGCGCACUCGGCUGCUGCGCACACCUAACCUACCUACUUCCUCCCGACUACUCUCAACCACUACACGCUCCGCGCAUCUCCCUCGGAUCCUGGCACCGCUCCUAACAUCUGCUGCAAGGACGACUUCGGUUACUUCGGUUCGCCACUAUGCCAAUGGUCGGCCGCACCCGCCUGGCGGUACCCACCGCAUGAAUAUGAGCCCGGAGCCCGAGAAGCCUGCCUUGGAACAAUUCGGUGUGGAUUUGACGGAGAAGGCGAAAGCUGGAAAGCUAGACCCGGUUAUUGGCAGAGACGCCGAGAUUCAUCGCACAAUCCAGGUCCUGUCUCGGCGGACCAAGAACAACCCUGUCUUGAUCGGCGCCGCUGGUACCGGUAAGACUGCCGUGCUGGAGGGUCUGGCCCAGCGUAUCGUACAAGGAGAUGUUCCGGAGAGCAUCAAGAACAAGCGCGUGAUUAGCUUGGACCUGGGAUCCCUGAUCGCGGGUGCUAAGUUCCGCGGUGACUUUGAGGAGCGUCUGAAAUCCGUCCUGAAGGAGGUCGAAGACGCCGAAGGCAAAGUUAUCCUCUUCAUUGACGAGCUUCACACCCUACUAGGACUGGGCAAGGCCGAGGGCAGUAUCGACGCUAGCAAUCUACUCAAGCCUGCUCUGUCUCGCGGUGAACUUCAAUGCUGUGGUGCUACAACACUCAACGAGUACCGCCUGAUCGAGAAGGAUGUCGCGCUGGCUCGGCGAUUCCAGCCUAUCCUGGUCGGUGAACCAUCUGUUGCCUCCACCAUCUCCAUCCUCCGCGGCAUCAAGAACAAAUACGAAGUCCAUCAUGGUGUCCGAAUCACCGACGGUGCUUUGGUUGCUGCUGCUACCUACAGUAAUCGUUAUAUCACCGAUCGUUUCCUACCUGAUAAGGCCAUUGACCUGGUCGACGAAGCUGCAUCAGCUCUCCGUCUGCAGCAAGAAUCUAAGCCCGAUGCGAUUCGCGAACUCGAGCGUGAUAUCACCACCAUCCAAAUUGAGCUCGAGUCCCUUCGCAAGGAAACUGACGUGAGCAGCCGCGAACGUCGCGACAAGCUUCAAGAAGACCUGAAGAUUAAGCAGGAUGAGGUUGGUAAAUUGACGGAGGUUUGGGAGAAGGAGAAGGCAGAGAUCGAUACCAUCAAGCGUACCAAGGAAGAUCUGGAAAAGGCUCGGUUCGAGCUCGAGCAAGCUCAGCGUGAAGGAAACUUUGCAAAGGCUGGCGAGCUCAGAUACUCGACCAUACCUGGCCUUGAAGCCAAGUUGCCCAAAGAAGGCUCAGAGCAGGAAGCUGAAAAGCAAAGCUUGAUCCAUGACUCCGUGACCGCUGAUGACAUUGGCAAUGUUGUAUCGCGGACAACUGGCAUUCCUGUCAACAAAUUGAUGGCAGGAGAGGUCGAGAAGCUAAUUCACAUGGAGGAUACCCUCCGGCAAUCAGUCCGUGGACAAGACGAAGCGCUCGCUGCCGUAGCCAAUGCGGUUCGUAUGCAGAGAGCCGGCCUCAGUGGCGAAAACCGCCCAUUGGCUUCGUUCAUGUUCCUUGGUCCUACGGGUGUGGGUAAGACCGAGCUCUGCAAGAAAAUGGCCGAGUUCCUCUUCUCCACCGAGACCGCAGUUGUACGAUUCGACAUGAGCGAAUUCCAGGAGAAACACACCAUCAGUCGCCUGAUCGGCUCCCCAGCUGGUUACGUCGGCUACGACGAUGCUGGUCAGCUCACAGAAGCAGUGCGACGAAAACCGUACGCUGUGCUUCUGUUCGAUGAGUUUGAAAAGGCUCAUCGGGAUAUCUCGGCUCUCUUGCUGCAGGUACUCGAUGAAGGCUUCCUUACCGAUGCUCAGGGCCACAAGGUUGAUUUCAGGAAUACUCUGAUCGUCCUGACCUCGAACCUGGGCGCCGAGAUUCUGGUCGGAGCCGACCCCUUGCAUGCCUACAAGGACACCGGCGGCGCUGAGGUCCCAUCAGAUAUCAAAAAGGCCGUGAUGGAUGUUGUUCAGAAUGCUUACCCACCCGAAUUCCUGAACCGCAUGGACGAGUUUAUCAUCUUCAAGCGCCUCUCCAAGGAAGCGCUGCGGGAUAUCGUGGAUAUCCGACUGAAGGAACUCCAAGGACGCCUGGAUAGCCGCCGGAUGACCUUGCAGGUAGACAACGAGAUCAAAGACUGGCUGUGCGAGAAGGGCUACGAUCCCAAGUUCGGUGCUCGCCCUCUCAACCGGUUGAUCGCCAAGGAGAUUGGAAACCGGCUGGCCGACAAGAUCAUCCGUGGCGAGGUCACCUCUGGCCAGACUGUUCGGGUAUCCCUCAAUGAGGACAAGUCUACACUCGUUGUUUCGGCUGAAGGGAAGGUGGAGGAGGAGGCAUAA